CUGCGAGAAACAGGGAGAACUCCAGCAAAGCUUCAGCUGCAGUUCUACUACGUAGAAGCAGAAAGCUGUCUUCCUCUAAGUGUUCGAAUCAAAUUGCCCAUGUUUUACAACUCCGUCUCAAAAGCUUUGUAGGGAGCAAACAGCUACCGCCAGCAGGCUUGUCGGUUCGCCAACAUUCUCCGUGCCAGAUAUGCUGGAGGGGGGGGACUGAGAAGACGGCGUUUUGUCUUUCUUUUCUUUGAAGAUUUAUUCGUAGGUCGCAUCACCUUUUUUGCGGCGUGAUUGCAGAACGCGAGACACCUAUGAAUGAUUCCCUUUGUAAGGCUCGCUCCGCGUUCGCUUGCCUCUCCUCCCCGUUUGUCUGGCAGUCGAGAAGUUCUGCCGUUUUCGCACCUGUCGCUGCUUCUGCCCUCUCGAUUUUUUGAAGAAAAAGUUGUCAGCUGCACACACACUCUUCUGCGCCUUCCCUUCUGCCUUCUUGGCGGAUUUCUGCGCCCCCCUUUCGCAACAGUCUCUCGGCGUCUCCGACUUCGUACCUUGUUUUUUUUCGCCGGAAUUCUCCCCCGAGUGUACACGCUUUCGAGAAAAUCACGCCUCCCUGUUGUCCAGCAUGUUUUGCUCGGCUGUUCGAGUUCGUGGACCUGGCGAGGCGCGUCUGCUCGGAUAGGCGCGUUUUCGCAGCAAACCGUAGAGUGGAGAAUCUCUGCCUCCGAUGGAAAGCCUUGGAAGCAGACAGCGAAGUGCGAGCGCUGGAGCCCGGAGAAAUUUCGAGUGCAUGCCUUCGAGAUUACCCGGGGGUUCACGUUGCUCAGACGACGUCGACGACACGCGCGAUGAGGCGGGUGUGUGCGGCUUGCGUCACGCUGUGGAGACGUCGAGCUUCGUCACACACGGAAUGCCGCCCACGGCUUCCCGCGGCUUUUCUCCACUGUCCAGCCUGUUGAGCAAAGAGCCGAAUGGACGGGGCGUCCGCGGGAGGAAGCUACGCGGAUCCACCAGCGACCGGAGUGGAGAGAACGCAAAAGGCACUGAAAACGGCGAAAUGGCGGGCGCGCUAUCGCGCCGCGAGGCUCCUCGCGCCGGUGGAUGUACACCUGGCGGGCAUGGCGACGGAGAGGCACCGUCGGCGGACCACCGGCGAAAACUCAGUUUGCUGCGUUUCCUCCCCUUUGCUCCGCAGCACUUCCGACUCUUCCUUGUCUCCUACUUUUGCUACGCCGUCCUGUACUCCACCCGGAAACCUUUCUCUGUCGUGAAAGAGGACGUCCACCGGAACCUCGGCUUGUCAACCUACUCCCUCGGGUGUAUCGACACCUCGUUCCUCGCCCUGUACGCUGUCGGGCAGUUCGUGUUGCCUCCCGCGCUCGCGCGUCUCCGUCUCUCGCUGGGACUGAGCGCCUGCUACCUCAUUUCAGCUGGCGCUACGUUGGCCUUCGGCCUCUCUUCCUCUCCAGCUUUCUUGGUGGGCUGGUGGGGACUCAACGGCAUCGCGCAUGCAGCCGUCUUCCCGCUUCUGGUCAAGGCGUUGACGGAGUGUCUCUCGCAGACAGAGCGCGGGCGAGCCAUGGGGCUCUGGACCACGAGCCAGCAGACAGGAGCGAUCGCUUCGACCGCCUUCGCGGCCUUCGUGGCUUCUCGCGUAGGCUGGCGCGCCGUCUUUCUUCUCUCGGCGCUCAUCUGCGGCCUCGCCACCUUCGUCCUCUGCUUCUGUCUCCCUUCUUCCGCCUCUCGCGUUGUCCCCACCUCCACCGAGCUCUCUUCUUCUGUCUCCAGGCGAACUGUCUCGAAGCGCCAGAAACAAGGCUUCUCUCUGCUCCAGGACAAGCCCGGCGCGGACGAAUUCGGCGCCAGCGAGGAUGCCCCUCCUGUGGCGCUCGUGAGAAGCCAAUCAACGCAUGCAACUCCUCCAGCGGUCGCCGCGCCUGCGCACCCGCCGCCGUCCCUGAAAGGCGAGAGAGUGUGCCGGAGCGGAUCGGAGGCUUCGAGUUUCACUGAGGCGACUGAAGCCGCUGGAUGCAGAGGCGCGCCGUCGGCGCUGGACGCGUCUUCGCCUGCUGGUGAGACUGCAGACGGCGUCUCGCGCCUGAUCUCGCCGUCGCUGUCUCCUUCCUUUGUGUCUCAACUCGACGCGGGGCCGACGACGCCUCCCGCGGUUCCGCAGCCUUUGACUGCGCACAGCAGCUCCAGCGACGAAGAAGAGCUUUCAGAAGAGUCUGACCCGCGCUCUCGUCCUUCCGACCUCUUUCGACAGAGUGGAGGGACAGGAGACAGUCUUGUGGUCGAGUUCGAGGACUGGACUGCAGGCGCGCCCGCGCAGGCGAGUACCCAUGCAGAGAAGACGCACGCCGCCUCGCUUCUUGACGGCGUCUCGUCUGUCUCCUCGCCCUCCGCGUUGUCUGGCCUCGAACUCUCUGUCUCCGUGCCUCACAUGCGCGUGAAGAAGCUGCGAGACGCGUCGCGCCAGGAGGCCUCCAGCGAGGAGGAGACAGGAACGGCUUGCUCCGUAGGCGCGGCGGGAGGAAAGGACGCACAGGCGUCGCCGCGGUCUGCCUCGCCGUCGAAGGCCAGACGCCGCUGCAUGCACGCAGAGAAAAACGCGUCGCCGCGGCGCCCCGCAGAACUCUCCUUUCUCUCCAUCGUGUGGAACGUCCCCUUCGUCCUCAGCUGCAGCUGCGCGUACUUUGUAAUUAAACUGAUUCGGUACUCGCUUCUCUUUUGGCUGCCGUUCUUUCUUGCAAAGGAAGCGAGGAUGCAUGCAGCCACUGCAGGAUACGCCAGCAUGAUCUUCGACAUUGGAGGGAUCGGAGGUGCCGUCGCAGGCGGAUUUCUCGCAGACCGAGUCAUGAAAGGUCGCCGCCUGACUUGCGCGACGACGAUGUCUCUGCUGACAGGCUUUUCGCUGCUGCUUCUCGCCUUCGCAUGCCAGCAGCAACAGACGUUGCUGCGCCGUCUCGAAGAGGAGUCGCUCCUGCAGGCGCACGAGCUGCAGCAUCUGCGAGAGUCUCACCAAGCGACUCUGGCCAGCUUCCACGAGCAACAGAAAAAAACGCGCCUGCAACUGCCGCUGCGCCUCCAGCAGACACUCGAGAAGGAGGCGAACCGCAAGAAACAAGAAACUGAGGAGGAGGAGCGAGAAGCGAAGAGAGAGGAACAACAAAGGACUGGGUCAGACGACAUUGGAGAGCUGCGAGGAGAUGCCCCCCCACGGAAAACCGAGACGCGAAACGAACGCAGAGGGGAAGAACAGGGAGAACGAGAGAAACAAGAAAGUGCCGGCGGAGGAGAGAAUCGCGGAGGCGAGAGACUCCGGGAGAAAGAGGCCACCCCUGUUUCUUCUGAUGCGAAUGACAGAGGGUCUCUGCAUCCUUCUUCCGACCAAAGUCCUGUUGCUUCAGACACGAAAGGCGAGGCAGUUCUCGGUCAUGAAACGGGCAAAACAGAGUCUGAAGACUCUCCUCACUAUCCUUCGUCCCCUCAUGUGCCUCUGACUCCAGCCGUGACCCCGCUAGUGUAUCCGCAACUCUCCCCUCUGGACUCGAAAACACCUGCUACUCUUGACGGGCAAGAAGGAACAGCGCAGACGCAGGCAGCAGUCCAACCUGAGUCUCGUUCUUCUGUCCCUGUCCCUUCUCUUCCUCCUGCCUCUGGUCCUCCCACUCUCCCUGUUCCAUCUCUGCCGCCUCGUCCCUCUCUCUCGCCCCCUUUGUCUCCUCCUCCCUCUUUGUCUCCUUCUCCAUCUUUGUCUCCUUCUCCUCCAGUGUAUGCUUCUCUUUCUCCUUCUCCGGCUGCGUCACCCAGCGUCGUUCAGGCAGGUGACGAGGCUGCAAAGUCGCGCACAGCGGUGGACCCUUCCCCUUCUAUGUACGUACAGAGAGAACCUGAGGCACAAGCUCUUCCUGCCUCUCUCCCUGUGGCUAUCUCUCUGUCGGAGGCGCCACUGUCUGAUUCUUUCUCGGCUGCUGCUUUCCCUCAACUCUCUAGAGGACAAGCGCCUCUUCCACUUGCGGUGUAUGCACGGCGGUCCGGACAAAAGGGUGGACUGCCUCUCGCUGCAGUGCCUCAGAGCUCCCCCUCUUCAGAUGCUAAUCUUUCCUUCUUCCCGCCUCAAGUCGGGCCUUCGCUCCCCGUCAUGCCCGAGUCAUCCGCUCAACCUGCCCUUUCUUCUUUAAAUCCUUCCUCUCUUCCUUCUCCGGCUAUGACUUCCUCUCCUCUCCCUUCCCCCUCCCUUCCUCCUGUCCUAGCUUCUCCUGCUCUUCCUUCUCCUGUCUCUGCUCCUUCGGCCCUGCCGCCCUCGUAUUCACCACUCCCUUCUCUCUCUUCUUCCCAAGGGCCUCUUCCGUCGUUUGGAAAUUCCCCGGCUGCUGCAGGCCAAGCGCUUCCCCAGCCUCCGCCGUCUCCUGUUCCCCCUCUCGGGCUCUCGCUUCCUUCUCCUUCUCUUUCUUCUCCGGCUCUUCUUUCGCCUCCUUUUCCUUCUCCUCUUUCUUCUUCCUAUCCCUUUGCUGGUUUGGAAACGAAUCUCUCUCAGUCGUCCUCCCGGGAGACUCCAGGUGUACAUGCACCUCCAGGUGUACAGACACCCUCAGGGGAACAGGCACCCCCAGGUGUACAGGCAUCCCCAGGUGUACAGAUACCUCAAGGUGUACAGGCACUCCCAGGUGUACAGACACUCCCAGGUGUACAGACACCUCCAGGUGUACAGGCACUUCCAGGUGUACAGACACCCCCAGGGGAACAAGCACCUCUAGGUGUGCAGGCACCUCCAGGUGUACAGGCACCUCCAGGUGUACAGGCACCUCCAGGGGAACAAGCACCUCCAGGUGUAGAGGCACCUCCAGGUGUACAGGCACUCCCAGGUGUACAGACACUCCCAGGUGUACAGACACCUCCAGGUGUACAGGCACUUCCAGGUGUACAGGCACCCCCAGGUGUACAGGCAUCCCCAGGUGUACAGAUACCUCAAGGUGUACAGGCACUCCCAGGUGUACAGACACUCCCAGGUGUACAGACACCUCCAGGUGUACAGGCACUUCCAGGUGUACAGGCACCUCCAGGUGUACAGACACCCCCAGGGGAACAAGCACCUCCAGGUUUACAGGCACCUCCAGGUGUACAGGCACUCCCAGGUGUACAUACACCUCCAGGUGUACAGGCACUUCCAGGUGUACAGGCACCUCCAGGUGUACAGGCACUCCCAGGUGUACAGACACCCCCAGGGGAACAAGCACCUCUAGGUGUGCAGGCACCUCCAGGUGUACAGGCACCUCCAGGUGUACAGGCACCUCCAGGGGAACAAGCACCUCCAGGUGUAGAGGCACCUCCAGGUGUACAGGCACUCCCAGGUGUACAGACACUCCCAGGUGUACAGACACCUCCAGGUGUACAGGCACUUCCAGGUGUACAGGCACCUCCAGGUGUACAGGCACUCCCAGGUGUACAGACACCCCCAGGGGAACAGGCACGCCCAGGUGUACAGGCAUCCCCAGAUGAAAAGACAGCUCCGGCAGCAGGAGCUCAAGUGCACGAUCCUCUCUUCUUUUCUCCCCUCACCCCCUCUGUCUCUCCAGUCACCCAACAGACAGUCGAAGCAACAGCCUUGACCAAUCCACCUUCUUUUCCUUCUCCCUUUCCAACGUCUCUUCCCUCUUCUUCUCCCUCUCCUCCUCUGCCUCUCCCUUCUUCACUUCCAUCUCCAUCUCUUGCUUCUCUCCCUCUUUCUUCUGCUUCACUUUCUCCAGGGUCUUUUUCUGCGUCUUCUGUGCGUGCGGGAAAGGUGCAUGCAGAAGCGGACACGUCUCUCGGCUCCGAAGGGUCCUCGCGGCGCCUAAGCGAACUGUCUGAAGUGAGAGAACAAGACUUGCUCGAACUGCAUUUGCCGGAGGGAGAGGCCCCACCGGUUCCUGUUCUUGGGCCUUCUUCUGUAUCGUCUGCUUCUUCUCUCGCCGCAGCAGAGAGAGAAGACAAGAAUAGUGACAAACGUGGAGAAAACGAACGUGAAGAACACAGAGAGAGCGAGGGCAGGCUUCCCCACUCCGAACUCGAACCCAGGGUGAAGGCCGAGAAGACAGGAGACGCCUCGAGUGUCGGUCGAGGAGCGCCGAGAGAAGCAGUGAAUGAUCGAAAAACAAUUUUGACGGAUGCAGAAAGAGUCUCAUCUUCACAGCUGGACGAGAGAACGCGUGCGUUUUUUGCGCAGACAAGAGGAGGCAUGCAGAGGGAGACAGAAUCUGAGACGCAGAGCGAGGAAGAGAGAGAGAAGAAGAGAGCGAAGGAAGAGUUCUUCCUCGCUAGCGCAGAGGAGGCAGUAAGACACACACAGGAGGAAGAGGAGGCGAAGCUGCUAGCGCAACAAGAGGACGAGAGACUCGCGUUGCUCGAGAGACAAAGAGCAAGACAAGAAAAGAAAGAAGAAGAAAGGUGGAUGGAGCUGUACCGCCUCCUCUUCUUCAUGUUCGCCGUCGGCUUCUGCAUUGCCUCUCCCGACUCCAUACUGGGCGCCACUGCCGCCCAGGACCUCGUGGAGAGAGGCAGCAUAGCUCCAGGCCCGAGCAGCGAUAAGGCUCUGGCGGUCGUCGCCGCCUUUAUUAAUGGCAUGGGUGCCGUGGGGGCGCUUCUUCAGGGCGUCUGUACAGCGACGGUGACAGAGCAGUUUGGCUGGGACGCGCUCUUUGGGCUGCUCUGUGUGUUGAGCAUGGCCUCUUCUCUGCUUCUCCUCCCCGCCUGUCUCGAGGAGAGUCGUUCGCAGUGCGCCCUUUCUCGUCCUUCUACUUCAGCAGACUGCAGCGUCUCCUGUCGCUUCUGGCGCGGACGACACAGAGAGGAGUUUUCUGGGGGGCGAAAAGUUUCGAAGGCGGACAGACAAACGCGACUUUGCCAAGACGAAGACAGGAAACGGGAAGGGGGGCAGAAACACAGAUCUUCCAGAGAUGUGAGACUCGACGAAGGUUCUCCGGUGCGCAUGCGAACUGAGAGAGAGGCCGCCGGCAGAGAAAUUGUCUGACUGCAUGCGCGCAAGAAAGACAAGGCUUCUUCGCUCGCCAGCGCGAAGCUCGGUGGAAAAGACAGAGCAACCUCGACGGGCGCAUGGGGUGUAUGUACGCCAGAGACGCUCUGCGCAUGCGUUUCACCCUUCAGUAUCCACGGGAUUGGGUGCUGGAGUGGAGAACUGACUUUUGAAAGAUUGGGGAAUUCCCCGUGGAAAUGAAAAUAUGUUUGUCGAGAAAAGAGCUGUGCAGAGGAAACUGUCUCUGUUGCGUAAGAGGGAGGGGGGCGUGGACCCAUUCAGCUUUUUCUGUACGCGUUUUUACAGCCGACGAAGCCCGUCCUUUUUGUGGCGCGACAGAGCGCGAGGACAAUGCUCUUUGUAGAUUAAUUGACGUGGAAACUGUGGCGUUUCUUGUGCCUUUCGGAAUCACUUUUCUCUGCUUUUGGCGGACUGGAAUGGGACCUCCACGCCUAUGACGCUCGACGAAACUCCACAGCCGUUUUCGCUGCGACUUCUCCUUUAAAGUCAAAACUCUGUGAGAUUAGAGCGGGCGACGCGUGUGAAACAACGUCAACAGAGAUCACCGUCAUGUACAACGGGGUGCGCGUGCAUCCAGGCGAACAAGCUGCCAACGAGAGACUCCUCCUCAACUUAACAUGGGGGGGGGGGGGUUCAGUACGUACACACCGUACAACGAUCACUUUUCUCUGUCGGCGCAUCGCAGGUCGAAACGCAGAAAUAGUUGAGAGAUGCGACUUGUCGCCACUGGUGAAGCCUCGGUCUCCAGUGGUGGACCUCUUCAAUUUUCGGAAGCCAGUGAUUCUUUUAACCUCUCAAGCCGUGAUUCUUUCAUGUACACGUCUUUACUUAAAAUAAUCUUGCACACACAAACCUGUACACGGAUCUGCA